CCUCCCCCCUGCAGCACAGUGAGAAGAAAAUGGUGCCCUGCUACACUGAAGAGGGGAAGAUGCCCUGGAACUGCAAGCUGCACCGGAUUCCCGAGCCGGCUUGCUUAAGGUUUAACGGUGAAUUUUGUCUGGAAGAAAUUUUCAUGAUGGCCGGGCCAGAUGGAGAAGAAAAGGGAACAACGCUGAUUAGAGAAGACGUCAUUUGGACGCAAAGGAUUACAAGAUUCAUUUUAUAGCAGGAAACACACUCAGAGAAUAAAUUACCCGCUCUAUAUGAUGCAGCUUUACCAGUCACUCAUUGCGGGCAAUGCAACUGAUCUUUCUGGAUUGGAACACCCAGCUCUUCAGGAAUCUGACACUGUCCUGAGUCUCAGUGCAAGGAGUUACACUAGAGAAGGAGACCGGUGGAUGAUAUCUUUUGAUAUGUCUUCUAUUUCCAGCAGCACUGAACUAAAGUUGGUGGAGCUCAGAGUUCGCUUCCCUCCUUUUGGAAAGACACAUAACAUCACGGUGGAGAUCUACCACUCCAAGGAAGGUCAAGACAAACUCUUCAUGGGAUCUUUCAAGACCAACCCUACAACCCAAGAGGAUGACACCUGGAAGAUCUUUAAUCUAACCAGAAUUCUACAGAAUUCAAUUUACCAGGGACAGCCAGAUUCACAUGUAGAAUAUAUCCCACCAGAGGACCUGGUACAUGGCAGAGCUACAGAUUCUGGUCAAAAUCCACAGCACCACACAGAACAUCUCACCGGUGCACCUUUCCCACUAGACAGAGCCAUACUUGUUGUCUUUGCCAGGGAAAGGCCAGCCACAAAACAUUAUGGUUCUCCAAGCCUUAUUCAGACUGUACAGUCCUCAAAGUACAUCAUGUCGGAAAGAGCAACCAUAGGCAGUGGACUGAGGAGACAAAGGAGGAACCAUAACCCAAAACACAACAUAAUAGCUAAUAAUUUGCAAGCCAGAGCCAAGGAAAUGGGUGCACCUUUUUGUAGAAGAGUAGACAUGUGGGUGGAGUUUGAUAAGAUUGAAUGGGGCAAUCGAAUUGUCUACCCAAGAAGAUACAAUGCCUAUAGGUGUGAGGGAACUUGUCCAAUUCCCCUCAGCGAAAACUUUCAGCCAACCAACCAUGCUUUUAUAAAAAGUCUGGUCAAGCUGUAUGAUACGGAAAAAGUGGAGUGCUCUUCCUGUGUCCCUGUGAAGAUGAGUGCACUGUCAAUGCUCAUAUAUGAAGAAGAAAAUGUCACGCUGAAACACCACGAGGACAUGGUCGUAGAAGAGUGCGGAUGUAACCUUCAAGAGGCUAUGCCCAAGCUUUUAGAGACAGAGGCCCGCAUUGGCUUGCCAGGGACCAACAUGGGAUUGAAAUUUUCAUCCUUCCUUUUUGGGAAGCAACACUCAUUGGAUGUACAAUAUCCCCAGUAUAUGAUGCAGCUCUAUCACACACUAACUAAGAAUGACACCAACCUCUUCAAUAAACAGCGUCCUGAGAUCCCCGACUAUGACUCUGUACUAAGCCUUGUUGCAAAGAAUUGUACCAUGGUCAAUAACCGUAUAAUGCUAUACUUUGACAUGUCCUCAAUCGCUGCUGGGAACGACUUGAAGUUGGCCCAACUCAGAAUCCAUCUUCCUUCUUUUGAGAUAUCCAAAAAUUUUACUCUGGAAAUUUAUCACAGUAAAGGAGGUUACAACCUCUUCCUCGGGUCCUUCAAAGUUGAUCCUUCAGACAUGAAAGAGUCCCCAUGGAAGAGCUUUGAUCUCACCAAAAUUAUUCAGUACUUCCUCCACCAAGUAGAAAAAAAUAUGGAUGAAGUCAUGAAGACUAAGGUUAUGAAAGAUAGGAACAAAGAAACUAACAUACACAUGGAGUCAGAACCUACUACAAAAGACACUCCAGAUAGGGUCUAUGCAAACCUGGCAGAAAGAGUUGUCCUGGUGGUGUUUACGAAGGACAAGUCCGUUGACAGCAUCUCUGGUUCUCCAAGUCUUAUCAAGACAGUAGAGUCCUCCAAACACGUCACAUUGGACAAGACACACAGACUACCAGGCAUUAGGAGGCAUAGGAGAAACAGGAAUGAGAACCAUCAUUUGUUCAUGAACCAUGCUCCAUCCAAACCUAUAGAAAGUGGGAAACCCCUCUGCCGUAGAGUCGACAUGAUUAUAGACUUUAGUAAAAUUGAAAUGGGAAGCUGGAUUAUCUACCCUAAAAAAUAUAAUGCCUACAGAUGUGAGGGCGCCUGUCCGAUCCCACUGAAUGAGACCUUCAAGCCAACAAACCAUGCCUAUAUGAAGAGUAUGUUGAAGCUGUACCAGCCCGAGAGGGUGGAGUGCCCAUCCUGCGUUCCGAUAAGGAUGAGCCCUUUGUCCAUGCUGUAUUAUGAAGGCAAUGAUGUUGUCGUAAGAAAUCAUGAAGAAAUGAUUGUAGAGGAGUGCGGAUGCAGCUAG